AUGCAGGGCACGACCGUGCCCACGCGCAGGAUCAAGGCCGUCCAGUUCGGCGUCCUUGGUCCUGAUGAGCUGACCGCCUACUCCGUGGCCGAAAUCACUCAGCCCGACAUGUUCGACCAGGGCCGACCGCGAAGGGACGGCCUCGCGGACUACAGGCUGGCGGGGUGGGCCAACCCAGACGCGGUGCCCGCGGACAAGGGCCUGCUCGAGAAGACGUCGCCCGGGUUUUUCGGGCACCUGCCCCUGUCGAAGCCGUGCUACCACCCGUACUUCAUCAAGACGGUCGUGAAGGUCCUGGGCUGCGUGUCGUGGCACACGGGCGAGCUCAUCCUGCGGCACGAGACGUGCGCGGACAAGCUGGCCGCGGUGCGCCGGAUCCGGGACCCGGAGCGGCGGCUGCGGAAGAUGGAGGAGCUGUCGAAGGGCGGCGACGGCGGGCGGUGUCCGUACACGUCGCAGCCGCAGCCCCGCUUCCGGUACCGCAUCGAGAAGACGGCGGACAACAAGCGCACGCACGUGUGGAUCCAGGCCGAGACGAAGGACCUGGAGCCGGAGCGCGUGAACGCGGAGCAGGCGCUGCGGGUGCUGGCGAAGGUCUCCGAGGAGGACGCGCGCGAGAUGGGCUUCGACCCGCGCUACGUGCAGCCGGCGUGGCUCAUCCUGUCGGUGCUGCCCAUCCCGCCCGGGACGGUGCGCCCGAGCGUGAUGAUGGAGGCGACGGGCAUCCGGAGCGAGGACGACAUCACCAACGUCCUGCAGGCCGUGCUCAAGCUCAACCGCGACCUGAAGAGCGCGGAGGAGAAGGGCGCCGGCAUGGUGGAGAUCGAGGACAAGUGGAUGGACAUGACGUGCCGGAUCUGGGGGUACUUCAACAACACGAUGCCGAGCAUGGUGCGCAUCGAGAACAGCGGGCGCGCGGUCAAGUCCAUCACCGAGCGCCUCAAGGGCAAGCACGGGCGCCUCCGCGGCAACCUGAUGGGCAAGCGCGUCAACUUCUCGGCGCGGUCGGUCAUCACGGGCGACGCGCUGAUCGGCGUGGACGAGCUCGGCGUCCCGCGGUCGAUCGCGCGCAACCUCACCUUCCCCGAGCGCGUCACGCCGCUGAACAAGGCCUUCCUGCAGCAGUGCGUGCGCUACGGGCCCAACCCGCCCGCGCACUGCACGGGCGCCAAGGCGUUCACGCGCUCGGACGGCGUGGAGAUCAAGCUCAACCUGCCGGCGGCGCGCGAGCACGAGCUGCAGGUCGGGUGGGUCGUCGACCGCCAGCUCAUGGACGGCGACCUGGUGCUGUUCAACCGCCAGCCCUCGCUGCACAAGAUGUCGAUGAUGGGGCACCGCGUGCGCAUCAUGGACUACAACACCUUCCGGCUGAACCUCGCGGUGACGUCGCCGUACAACGCCGACUUCGACGGCGACGAGAUGAACAUGCACGUCCCGCAGUCGCACGAGACGCGCGCCGAGAUGCAGCACCUGAUGAUGGUGCCGGUCAACAUCGUGUCGCCCCAGGCGAACAAGCCCGUCAUCGGCAUCGUCCAGGACGCGCUCCUCGGGUGCAAGCUCAUGACGGCGCGCGACGUCUUCCUGGAGGCGCACCUCUUCAACAACCUGCUCCUGCAGCUGCAGAACUGGAACGGCGUGAUCCCGACGCCCGCGGUGCUCAAGCCGCGGCCGCUGUGGACGGGGAAGCAGAUCUUCCAGAUGUUCAUCCCCGACGAGAUCAACUACAGCGGGAGCAGCUCGUGGGCCGCCGACGGGGAGCCGCACGGCACCACGCCCAGCGACACGCGCGUGCUCAUCGAGCGCGGCGAGCUCCUCACGGGCACGCUGUGCAAGAAGACGCUCGGCGCGUCCUCCGGCGGCCUGAUCCACCAGAUCUGGAUCGAGAACGGCCCCAUGGCCACCAAGUACUUCAUCGACCACACGCAGUACACGGUCAACCACUGGCUGCUGCAGCACGGGUUCAGCGUGGGCAUCGGCGACGCGGUGGUCACGCAGAGCGUGGUCGCGAUGAUCAAGGAGAAGAUCAACGUCGCGCACAGGGAGGUGGCCGAGGUGGUGGAGAAGUACCAGAAGAAGGGCGGGCUCGAGGCCGGGCGCGGGAUGACGGUGCAGGAGACCUUCGAGCACCAGGUGCUGCAGAUCCUGAACAAGGCGCGCGAGGACGCGGGCAAGGUGGUGCGCACCAGCGUGUCGCGCGCCAACAACAUCCGGCACAUGGCCGACUCGGGGUCCAAGGGCAAGGACCUCAACCUGGCGCAGAUCAUGGCGUGCGUGGCGCAGCAGAACGUCGAGGGGAAGCGCGUGCGGUCGUUCUUCCACGACCGCACGCUCCCGCACUUCACCGCGGGCGACCUCGGCCCGGAGCCCAAGGGCUUUGUGCGGCACUCGUACCUCGCCGGGCUGACGCCGCAGGAGUUCUUCCUGCACGCCAUCUCCGGCCGCGAGGGGCUCACGGACACGGCGGUCAAGACGGCCUCCACGGGCUACAUCCAGCGCCGCUUCAUCAAGGCCAUGGAGGACCUCAUGGUCAAGUACGACGGGACGGUGACCAACUCGCUGGGGGAGGUCGUGCAGUUCCUGUACGGCGAGGACGGCAUGGACGCCACGCGGCUCGAGCGGCAGAAGAUGCUGCAGAUGUCGCUCACCGACGAGCAGUUCCGCCGGCAGGUCGAGCUGGACCUGGACGACGCGCACGCGCCCGCGUGGCUCAGCGCGACGGACCUGGAGGCGAUGCGCACGGACCAGGGCGCGCGGGACCUGAUCGAGGCGGAGCGGCGGCGGCUGGCGGAGGACCGGCACGAGCUGCAGACCUUCCUCAUGUCGGGCGGCGAGCAGUCGAUCGUGAUGCCCAUGCAGCUGCAGCGGCUGGUGCUCAAUGCGCAGCGGCUGUGGAACAUCAACCCGGAGGCCGGCGGCGGCGAGGUGAUCGCGCCGUACGAGGCCACGCGGAAGCUCGAGGAGCUCAUCACCAAGCUCAUCGUGGUGCCCGGGACGGACAGGCUCUCGGUGGAGGCGCACAGCAACGCCACGAAGCUCUUCUUCGCGCACCUGCGCUUCACCCUGUGCUCCAAGCGCGUGGCCGAGAUGCACCACCUCACCACGGAGGCGUUCGACUGGCUCCUGGGCGAGAUCGAGUCGCGGUUCAACGUGUGCCGCGCGCAGCCCGGGGACAUGGUGGGCAUCGUGGCCGCGCAGAGCCUCGGCGAACCGACGACGCAGAUGACGCUCAACACCUUCCACACGGCCGGCGCGGGCUCGAACCUCACGUCGGGUGUCCCGCGGCUGACGGAGCUGAUCAACGUGGCCAAGACGCUCAAGACGCCGUCGACGACGGUGUACCUGGAGGCGGCGCAGGCGCAGACGGUGGAGGCGGCGAAGAAGGUGGCGGUGCGGCUGGAGCACACGCUGCUGAAGGACCUCGUCGAGGCCAUGGAGGUGUGGUACGACCCGGACCCGCUGCACACCACGGUGCCGGGCGACCCGGACUUCGACGAGGACUACGGGCCGUUCAUGGAGCAGGAGCCCGAGAGGCUGGCGCAGAUGUCGCCGUGGCUGCUGCGGAUGGUGCUGGACCCGUCGAUGGUGAUGGACAAGCUGCAGGAGGAGUACGAGCGGGGGCUGGCGAUGGAGUUCGUGAAGAGGAAGAUUGCGGAGAAGUUCGAGAUGCUGGAGGUGUUCAACUCGCAGGACUCGUACCGCACGCCGAGCGGGGAGCCGCGGCUCGUGCUGCACAUACGCAUCCGGUACUCGGAGGAGCACGACAGCGACCCCGCGGAGCUGGCCAAGUUCGGGCUCGGGGAGCUCGAGUCGUGCAAGCUGCGCGGCAUCGACGGGAUCCGGAAGGUGUACAUCUCGUUCGACAAGCAGAUGCGCCUCGUCACGGAGGGGCGCAACAAGGGCAAGUUCGAGUCGCACCAGGAGCACAUUUUGGCGACGGACGGCAACAACCUGGCCGAGCUGGUCAUGAGCGACGGCGUGGACCCGCGGCGCGUGUACUCGAACGACAUGACGGAGGUCCUCGAGGUGCUCGGCAUCGAGGCGUGCCGCGGGGCGCUGCUCCGGGAGCUGCAGAAGGUCAUGGAGAGCGACAGCGUCAACGUGCGGCACCUGGCGCUGCUGGUCGACCUGAUGACGUACGGCGGGUCGCUGCUGGCCAUCACGCGCCACGGCAUCAACCGCAGCGGGCGCGGGCCCAUCUCGCAGGCCACGUUCGAGGAGACGGUCGAGAUCUUCAUGCGCGCGUCAACCUACGCCGAGUCGGACAACUGCCAGGGCGUCGCGCCGGCCAUCCUGCUCGGGCAGCUCGCGACGCUGGGGACCAACUCGUUCUCGCUGCUCCUCGACGACCAGGCGCUGUUCAACGCCUUCGACAUGGCCGCGGUGACCAUCGAGGGGGCGCUCGACGUCGACUCGCUCGCGGGCGGGAUGACGCCGAACAUGCGGGGCGCGCGCACGCCCUCGCAGGCGGCUGGGGCCAUGACGCCGAGCUACCUGCUGAGCCCCACGCUGCACGGGGCGGACGGCGGCGGCGGCGGGCUGUUCUCGCCCACCACGCAGACCUCCGACUUCGGCGGGCUGUUCUCGCCCGUGCGGCAGACUGGGCGCGGCGUGCAGUCGCCCGCGCACAUCGCCAGCCCGUACGUGGGCGGAGGCAUCAGCCCCGACGUCUAUUCCCCGGCGUCGCCGGCCUUCUCGCCAGCGUCGCCGGCUUUCUCGCCGACGUCCCCGGCCUACAGCCCAACGUCCCCGGCCUACAGCCCGACGUCGCCGGCCUACAACAACACAUCGCCCGCCUACUCGCCGACAUCGCCCGCGUACAGCCCGACGUCGCCUGCGUACUCCCCCACGUCGCCGGCCUACAGCCCGACGUCGCCGGCGUACUCCCCCACGUCGCCGGCGUACUCCCCCACGUCGCCUGCGUACUCCCCCACGUCGCCGGCCUACAGCCCGACGUCGCCAGCGUACUCCCCCACGUCGCCGGCGUACUCCCCCACGUCGCCGGCCUACUCCCCCACGUCGCCGGCCUACUCACCGACGUCGCCGGCCUACUCACCGACAUCGCCAGCGUACUCGCCGACGUCGCCAGCGUACUCGCCGACGUCGCCCGCGUACAGCCCGACGUCGCCAGCAUAUUCGCCGACGUCGCCGGCCUACUCACCGACGUCGCCCGCGUACAGCCCGACGUCGCCUGCGUACUCCCCCACGUCGCCGGCGUACAGCCCGACGUCGCCGGCCUACAGUCCGACGUCGCCGGCCUACUCGCCAACGUCGCCAGCUUACAGCCCCUCGUCGCCUGCGUACAGUCCGGCGUCACCAGGUCAGCAGGCACCGGACGACGAUGCAGCCGCGCACUAA